AUACUCUGCCCUACCAAACAAGAAGGUGGUUUAAGUUUUUAAACUAGACACUUAGCAUAAAACAAGACCACAUCUUGAUCUUGUCAUUGCCUAAAUCCCUCACUACCCCAUGUUUUCUUCAAGCUGAAGUAGCUAAGUAGCUAGCCAUUGUUUUGCUACUCUCUCUCUCUCUCUCUCUCUCUCUCUUUUUUCUCUCUCCAGCUCUCUCUCACAACAAAAAAAAAAAGAAAAAAGAAAGGCAUGGCGGCUGAUAAAGAAGAAAUACGUGUUCUCUUGGUCGUGGCAUUACAAGCUCAUAUGAAUCCUAUGCUCAAGUUCGCCAGAUGUCUUGCAUCAAAGGGAGUCUUUAUCACUCUCGCCAUGACUGAAACUGCAAGAGACACCCUUUUAAACUUCAACACUUUCACAACCCAAAACCCCAAAAUCAACCUUGAGUUCUUCUCAGAUGGGCUCACCGCCGAAUUCAACCGUGAGAAGGGUGGAGAGGCCUUGACCACCCUUCAAAUCUCAGGUUCCAAAAACCUCUCAAACCUCAUCAAAAACCUCACUUUCGUCAAGAAACUAACAAUUUCCUGCAUAAUUUUCAACCCCUUUGUUCCAUGGGUUGCUGAUGUAGCAGCUGAACUUGGCAUCCCUUGUGCCUUGCUUUGGAACCAAUCUUGUGCAACCUUUUCUAUUCUUUACAGAUACUCUAAAAAGAUCAACCCAUUUGAUCCUAACUUUGAAAUGAACCCAAGUGAGAUUUUGGGUUGUCCUGGAAUUCCAAAUUUAGAAGUCAAUGAUCUUCCUAGCACUAUCCUCCCUUCAACCCCUUUCCAUUUUAAGAAGCUGAUAUCAGAUUCAGUUCAGAGCUCAGAGAAGGCAAGUUGGGUUUUGGGCAAUUCGUUUUAUGAGCUCGAGAAGGACAUCAUAGACUCAAUGGAAUCACUCAUUCCAAUUCGCCCAAUUGGCCCAUUGGUCUCAUCAUUUAUACUGGGCAGAACAGAAGAAGAUGAUAACAAUACCCUUCACAUUGACAUGUGGGAGGCUGAAGAGUCCUGCAUAGAAUGGCUCAACAAGCAGCCAAUCUCCUCUGUUAUUUAUGCCUCAUUUGGCAGAGUGACUGUUUUGUCACAAAUUCAGAUAGACAACAUUGCCAUGGCAUUGAAAACCAGCAAAAGACCAUUUCUUUGGGUGCUAAAGGCCCCAACGGAAGGCUCCAAGAUGAAAUUAGGUGAAUUGCCAUCUGGGUUUUUAGAAGAGACCAGAGAGAGGGGCAUGGUGGUCAAUUGGUGCUCUCAGGAGAAGGUGCUUAUGCACAAGGCGGUGGCUUGCUUCAUGACCCAUGGUGGGUGGAGCUCUACACUUGAGACUGUUGCCUCUGGUGUGCCUGUUGUAGUUUAUCCAGAGUGGACUGAUCAGCCCACAAAUGCCAAGCUUUUGGCUGAUGUGUUUAGGGUUGGUGUGAGAAUUAGGGUUGGGGAAGAUGGGAUUGCUGGCUCAGAAGAAAUGGGAAGAUGCAUUGAGGAGGUUGUGGAUGGGCCAAGGGCUAAAGAAAUGAAGAAGAGAGCUUUGGAGUUGAAGGAAGCAGCAAAGAAAGCAGUGGAAGAUGGUGGUUCUUCUGACCUGAAUAUUAAUCAAUUUAUCAGGGAAAUUUCUGGGAAAUCUUGCCAAGAUAAUUUUCUUGGAACUGUUAGAAUUUGACUCAUCAUUCAUCUAGGUUAGGUCUGUUUUUCUGUUUUUUGUUUUUUUGGUUUUUUGGUUUUUUUUUUUUUUUUUUUUUUUUUUUUUUAAUAAUUGUAAACACGACAUUAUCGACUAUGGAAACAAAGUGGGAUCAAACAUAAAGUACUUGUGGAAGUAGUGAAGUACUAAAAGCCAAUAAGGUAAUGAAGUGAUAAGGUUGAGUAGAGGUGAUAAAAUUCAGAAAGUUCAUGAUUGUCAAUUGUCGACUUGUACUUCAUGCACCAAUUAUUGAGUAUUUAAUUUUUAUUAUAUAUUAUGUGUUUUACGAA